AUGGCUGAAGAUACUGUGGCCCAGAUCAUCGUCAACAGUCUCUACAACGCCGGUGUCCGCGUUGUCUUCGGCGUCCCUGGGGCCAAAAUUGACAAACUCUACGACUGUCUCCAAGACCAUCCGGAGAUCAAGCUGAUCGUGGCCCGCCAUGAGCAGAAUGCCGCCAUGAUGGCCGCCGCAGUUGGUCGGAUCACAGGCACCCCAGGAGUCUGCAUAGCAACCUCGGGUCCGGGAGCUUCGAAUCUGGCCACUGGACUUGUGACAGCCACAACAGAGGGAGACCCGGUAGUGGCACUCAUCGGCUCGGUUCCUCGAGCCAUGAACACGCAUCGCACACACCAGAACAUGAAAGCUCUCGACAUCCUUGGCCCGACAUCCAAGUUCGCAGUUAACAUAGACGUCGAAGAUCAAGCAGCGGAAGUGGUGUUGAACGCAUUCAGAACAGCAGGCUCCUCACCAAAGGGGGCCGCAGUCAUAUCCAUUCCACAAGACGUGGCUAAGGCCCGAUCCAACAUCUCUCCGUUCACGCCCACCGCUUUCGAUCCUCCAAGCUACGGCCCUGCGCCGACCAGCCGGCUCGAUUUCGUGGCGAAGUUGAUCGAGAGCGCGCAAUUGCCGGUCCUCUUCCUCGGCAUGAGAGCCAGCCAUCCCAAAGUCGUCACUGCUAUACGAGAGCUGCUAUCCAAAUUCCCGCUACCGACUAUUGAGACAUUCCAAGCCGCCGGUGCAGUGCCCCAAGACCUCGUCCAUCUCUUCUACGGUCGAGUGGGUCUAUUCCGGAACCAAGUCGGGGACAAGCUACUCGCCAAAUCAGACCUGAUUCUCGCAGUCGGCUAUGACCCUGUCGAAUACGACGCCUUUGCAUGGAACCCGCACGGUGAUAAAAGGAUCGUACACAUCGACUUCCACGCAUCCGACUACGGCGUCUACUACCGGCCCGUAUCCGAGUUGGUUGGGUCGAUUGCUGAGAACGUCCUCUACCUUUCACAAAACCUCAAUGGGAUCUCGGAUUCCUCCAUCUCCACACUCACCGGAGAUCUCACCCGGGAAUACAAGUCGUGGCAAGACCGGCCCGAGGUCAAACGCACUUCAGGGCCAGUUCAUCCGUUACAGUUCAUCACCGUCCUCCAAGGGCUUGUGUCCAAAGAUACCACUGUUUGCGUCGACGUCGGCUCCGUGUACAUCUACAUGAUGAGAUAUUUCUUCGCAUACGAGCCUCGUCGUCUGCUGUGUUCGGAUGGCCAACAAACUCUAGGCGUCGCACUCCCCUGGGCAAUCGCAGCCUCAUUGACUCAAACACCACCAUGUUCCGAGAAAGUCGUCUCCCUCAGCGGUGACGGCGGCUUCAUGUUUUCAUCUCAGGAACUUUCGACAGCCGUGCAACAGAAAUGCAACAUUACGCACUUCAUCUGGAACGACGAGUCGUUCAACAUGGUCGAGUUCCAGGAAGUCAUGAAAUACGGGCGUAGCAGCGGCGUCAAGCUCGGUGGAGUCGACUUUGUCAAAUUUGCGGACGCUUUUGGAGCCAAGGGGUUCCGCCUCAGUGAUUCGUCGCAAGUCGAAAGCGUGCUCAAGGAGGCGCUGGCGUAUGAGGGUGUUUCGCUCGUCGAUGUGGCUAUCGACUAUAGUGGGAACCUGGAACUGGCGCAAAACGUGAUUGCUGACGAGUGGAAUUGA